AUGAAUUCCUAACAAUAGAUAAUAAGUCUUAUCAAGAAAAAUCUACUUAUUAGUUACAGAAAUAGAGAAAUAUUCAUAGAAGCCUUGCUUCCAAUCAUAGUUUCCCUAAUGCUUACUUUCAGAGGUAAAAGUAGUCAAUUUUAUCCAAGAAUACCUUUCUGAAAUGAAAUAAUUAAUGCCAUUACUUUAUAGUUUAGCAACAGCCUCUACAUAGAGAUCAAUGUUGAUUAAGUUAGUGGAAGAAAAAAGUAAACGAUACAAGGAACUCCAAAAGGUAUAAUUAUAUAUUUUAGGAUUAGAUCAUGGGUAUGAAUGAGAAGUCUUAUUUGAUAGGGUGGGUUUUAACUGGAUAUAUAAGAGUUAUAAUAGUAUAAAAUUCAAUUAUCAUUAGGCAGUAAUCAUUUUUGAGUUGUCAUUUUUUUUGAUGUUUCCUAUAUUUGGAAUAAAAUGGGAUGAUUAAUUUAAUGAGAGUUUUAUCUCAUUGACAUGGCCAUAUUUUCUAUUUUCAAUUGCAGUAUUGGAAUAUAUAUUAUUUAUAGUCUAUGAAUCAAAUCUACUUAUUUUCAAGUUUAUUUAAUGAGGUUAAAAUUGCAGGAGAAAUAUAAAGUUUUUUUUAAAUUGCUUGUGUGUUUUUUAUAUAUUUCACUUUUGUUGAAAGUGCAGCAAAUACAUUUUCAUUCUAUUUUUUCCUAAGCAUUUUUAGUCCUUAAUGUAGUGUAGCUUUUACUUAUAUUGCAUCUAUGAAACCUGGAAUACCAGGUGAUAUUUUAUCUGCAAAUUUGUUUCCAUCAGAAUAGAUUAUGAAUAUAUAUUCAACAAAAUAUGAGGGAGCACAAAUGGCUGUUUAAGCUAUUAUUUAUUUUCUAUUAUUUUUAUAUUUUGAAUAAGUAAUUCCAAAUGAAUAUGGAGUAGCAAAAGAGCCUUUAUUCUUUUUGAAAAGAAAUAAAGUAUAAAUAAAAGAAAAUGAUUUAUUUGCCUAAUUAUAAUCAGAAGAUAAUGAUGUGAGUUCUGCUAUAUAUCAUGAAGAAAUAAAGUAUUCUGUUCCUCCAAGUAUAAUAAUUAAAAAUUUAUAAAAAAAAUUUGGAACUCUAAAGGCUGUAGACAAUAUAUCACUUUCGCUAUAUGAAUCAGAAAUAUUUUGUUUAUUAGGACAUAAUGGUGCUGGAAAGACAACUGCUAUAAGUGUUUUGACUGGAAUGAUUUCAAAAACAUCAGGUUUAGUUAGUAUGUAUGGAAUGAAUUUGGAUACUUAAUUACCAAAAAUAAGAUAAUCAUUAGGUCUUUGUACAUAGAAAGAUUGUUUAUAUGAGGAUUUAACUGUUGAAGAAAACCUAAAAUAUAUAAGUUCUAUAAAGGGAAAAGUUAAUAAAUAUGAGAUACUUGAAAUAUUGAAAAAAACAGAUUUGAUUGGAGAGAGACAUAUUUAGGUAAAAGUACUAUCAGGUGGGUCAAAAAGGAAGUUAUCUUUAGGUAUGAGUUUAGUGGGAAAUUCAAAAAUAAUAUUUUUGGAUGAGCCUACUUCUGGAAUGGAUGCAUAUUCCAGAAGAUAAAUUUGGUCUAUUUUAGAAAGAAUAAGAUAGGAUCAAAGAACAAUAAUAUUAACUACUCAUCAUCUUGAUGAGGCUGAAAUAUUAGCUAAUAGAAUAGGAAUAAUGUCAAAAGGUUAAUUAUUGGCUGUAGGUACAUCGAAUUUUAUUAAAAAGAAAUUUGGGGAAGGUUAUAAUUUAAAAAUAACAUUUAGUGAUGUAUAAUUAAGAAAUUAAAUUUAUGAGAAAGUAAAUAAAUAUGUACCAGAAUGUUUUUUAGAAACAGAACAUUCUAAUGAAAAUUAAUAUGUUUUUAAUAUUCCUUUUACAUCUAAAAAUACUCUUGGAUAAUUAUUUUAGGAAUUAGAAUAAAUGUCUGUUUAAAUUGGUUUAUCAAUGAAAACACUUGAAGAUGCUUUUGUAAAAAUAGGUAUGGAAGAAGAAUAAGCUCAACUCACUUUUAGAAGAUAAAGUGAGAUAUAAAUUGCUAAGUAAAGUUUAGGUAUUCCUGCUUCUGAUGAUGAUAAUGAAAGAGAUAAUUAAGAGUUCUUAUCAUAUCCAAUUGAAAUUAAGGAUAAAGAUACUCAAAAUGAUGAUAUUAAAUCAAUACCUAAAUGCUUAUCUAAUGAUCCAUAAUAUUCAUUUUUGAAUUAAAUCUUAGCAAUUUUCUUAAGGAGAUAUUAUACUGUAGUUAGAACUACAACAAAUUAUUUUUCAAUUAUUAUACCUAUGAUUGCAUUUAUAAAUGGACUUGUUGUUGUUGCUUAUGUUGAAUUUUAAGAUGAAAAAUACAAAGAAUUACCUGAUUAUGUUUUAAACCAUUUUAAAAUUAAUCUUUUAGCAUCUUGUUGUGUAAUUGCAUUCUGUUUCAAUGCAACAAUAUAUAUAACUUAACCUGUAUUAGAAAAAGAAUAUUUUUUGAAAUAGUCAUUACAAGGAAUGGGAUUAAGAAAUUUAACAUAUUGGUUAGGAACAUUCUUUUUUGAUCUUAUAAUAUUCUUCUUAAAUUUAGUGUUAUUUUUAAUAGUUUCAGCAUUAUUAGACUUAAAUAUUGUUUUUGAUAAUAUUGCAAGAUCACUUUCAUGUUUUUUAGUAUUUGGACCAAGUUAAAUCUUAUUUGCUUAUAUUAUGGGAUUUGUAUUUAAUAAAUUAGAAAGUGCAUUAAAAUUAUUUACAAUCUUUUGUUUUUUUAUACUAUUUUGUUUACCCAAUAUCUUAGUUGCUUUUACUUUUUUCUUUUAUAAAGAAUUGAAAAAACCUGUAUAUCUUGAGAAUGUUCUAUAUGUUUUUGAAAUAUUAUUUUCGGUAAAUAUUUUAAUUUAUAAUAUAAGAUCAUAUCACCAUUCUAUGCUUUCUUUUCAGCUUAUUUGUUCACUGCUAAUAAUUAUCUAGAAGUAGAAUCCUUUUUUGAAGCUCCUUAUUUAUUAACAACAACUGAAUCAUAUUUAUUAAUUAUAUUGGGAUAGAUAGUUGUAUUUACUGGAGUCUUAUUCUUUUUAGAAAAUAAGAAAUCAUUUAUAAAUCAUAAUCAAAUUCAAUAAGAAGUCAAUGAAAAUAUAGAAGAGGAAGUUCAAAAUGAAAGAAAUAGGGUACUUCAAGCUAAUAAUAAUGAUCCUAUUAAAUCUAAAUUCUUAGAAAAAUAAUAUACUAAAGGCAAACCUACUUUACAGUAACUUACAUUUAGUGUAUAGAAAGGUGAAAUCUUAGGUAUUAUAGGACCAAAUGGUGCUGGUAAAUCAACUUUAAUUAAUAUAUUUUCUGGAAUUAAUACUCCAACAGCAGGUUAAGCAUUGUUAAAUGAUUAUGAACCAAAAUAAUAAAUAAUGAGUAUUAUGUAACAUGUGGGAGUGUGUCCAUAAUUUGAUUGCAUAUGGGAAAAUCUAACUCCAGUAGAACAUCUUUAAUUAUUUGGAAGAAUCAAAGGAUUAUAAGGAAAAGAAUUGUCUGCUGCAGUUUCAUAUUUCAUAAAAACUAUGCAAUUAGAUUUAUUUUUAAAUACAAAAGCUGGUUAAUUAAGUGGUGGUAACAAAAGAAAAUUAUGUGUUGCUGAUGCUUUAAUUGGAGGAAGUGAUAUUACUUUUUUUGAUGAACCUAGUUCUGGAGUAGACCCAAUAUCUAGAAGAUUUCUCUUUAAUACAUUAAAGAGGAAUAUAUAAUUAAGAGCUUGUUCAGCAAUUAUGACAACUCAUACUAUUGAAGAAGCAGAAAGUUUGAGUGAUAGAAUUGGAAUAUUAAUAGCUGGUUAAUUUAAAUGUUUAGGUUCUCCUUAAUAUUUAAGAUAGUAUUUAUUUAAUUUAAUAUUAGAAAAUAUGGAAGUGGUUAUCAAAUCUCUGUUAAAUAUAUUAAUCCUUAAGUGAUCAAUUUAAUUUAAAAUUAAUUUUCUUAUGCUAAAUAAAUAGAGGAAAAAAGGGAGGGUUAUUUAAUGUACUCUCUUCCAAAAGAAGGAUUUAGUUUUUACAGAUCAUUUAAUUUCUUUUAAAGUUUACAAUAAGAAGGCCAUAUUGAAGAUUUUUAAAUUGAGGAAAAGUAUUUAAUUUUUUUAUUUUUAAGUUCUUUGGAAUCAGUAUUUAUACAUUUUAGUAAAAUUCAAUAGGAAAUAAAUGAAAAGGAUGGAAUAGCCAUAGAUUGA